CUGACAAUUCCCGUUCAUAAAUCGUUGUUGUCAAUAUAACACACGGAUAUUCCCGUUCGUAUCCCGGCCAUUUAAUAUCGCCUCAUCACAGUCUUCCCGUUCGUCGUCUCAUCAUCAAGCUAUUGAUUGUCAAUACACGCCUACAUAUUCCCGUUCUCCUGUCUAUCACACCAUUUGUGCAUUCUUCCCGUUUUUAUGGGAAGACUAAUAGCGUCAUGUGGCCACUUCAGCAGCAGACAUAAUGCGUAGUAGUGUCCAAGGCUAAGUCCAAGGCUAAGGAAGACAGCUGAUCGGCUGGAAAGACUCCGACGCGGAUUGAACGAUCGGGAGCUCUUUCAUUUCCGCCGGAAGAGUAGGCCGGUAGAGAGUGAUCAAGACUAUAUAUGCCCGCACUCCCCCCCCACCCUUGUGUACAUUUGGCUUUCACAGCAGACUUGCAGCGACAUGAUUAGCGUGCGACUCAAUGAGUACAACCUUCCUGAGGGAAAGGACGAGGACAAGGUCAGCUUCGACCUUGCUGAACUUGACAACUUAUCAGACUGGUCCGGCUGGGCGUUUUAUCGCAUUGCGCCCACUUGGAUCGAAGCCCGACCGCUUGACAAUGUCAGUCUGCUGUCUAAUCAGCUGACAACUCAUCUGCUGCUCGUGAAGCGUAAAUCUCAGCCCGAUCAUAUUGCUUGCGUUUAUCCUAUUUCAUCCUCCUCCGCCCUCAGUAACAUCGUAAACGAUAAUGGCGAUAUCAAAGUACAGCUCAGACGAGCAAAGGGAAAUAGUGAUGCGAAAGCAGCUGUUGUUAUUGGGACGGCGUCAGACGCUAGCCAGUUGAACUGUUUGAUUGGGGAUGUGGUGCGAACAGCAAGAGGUUGGCUCCUUGACGUACCAGCAAAAGAAGUUGUCGAUUUCAAGUCUUUUCCUUCUGGCGGACCGCUCGAUGGCGUAGGCUUCUGUACCUGGAGCAGUCUAGGAGAGGAUAUUCGUCCUGAUAGAGAAAACAUGUCAGGGUUAUUUAAUGCCCUUACGGAUCACAAUCUGCCUAUCCAAUCGUUCAUCCUUGACGACGGCUGGCUCAACCAAAAAACGUAUGAGAAAGGUGAUUCCUCCCCUUUCGUAUCCACGACAGGGCCCGAGGAGGAGCGAGGGACAUGGCAGUUGAGAGGAUUGUACGAUUUUGACGCUUGGUCCGGGUUGGGUCAUGAUGGGAUCAAAAUGAUAGUGGACGAAGCGACAACUCGUCUCAGUAAGAUUGACGGCGUUAAAGACACCAUUCAAGUGGGAGUCUGGAUGUCUCUUGUCGGAGGAUAUUGGGACGGUAUCUCACCAGACUCUCCCCUCAUUGCCAAGUACAAGUGUCGGCCAUACCCGGCCUCGCGUGCUCGUCUCCCUGGUAUAUCUAACGAACCUUUCACCGUGGGCUUCUUACCCGGUGGUAAGGGAACCUACUGGCUUCCACCUCCUUCCGAGUCACUCAGGUUUUGGCGCGAUUGGUUCAACUACCUAAAGUCUCAAGGUGUGGAUUUCCUCAAAGUGGACAACCAGGGCAGUAUGAGUCUUGUGGACGGGACGGAAGGUGUCGAAUGCCAGCAUGCGAUCUGGGAGAAUAUGGUCAAAGCUUCAGAUGAGGUGUUCGGAAAGGGCAAAGUGAUCCAUUGCAUGUCGCACCAUGAAAGUAUCUGGGGUGGCAUACAAGGCCUGGGAAUUGUGACUGAAGGCGAAAAAUUUGUCUGGCGAAAUUCCGAUGAUUUCGGUCUGGGACACAAAAAGGCGAAUGCGCACCAACAACACAUCUUCACCAAUUUGUCAAACUCUCUUCUCACUUCACAUCUCGCUAUGAUCCUAGACGCCGAUAUGUUCAUGAGCGCAGAGCAAGAUCCCGUCCCACACGCCUUUCUUCGAGCACUUUACCCGGGACCUUUGCUCCUGAGCGACCGACCUGGCAUACAUGACUCCCGUCUGUUAGGCAGAAUGAUUUCCAAGGACAAAACUGGCAUCGCGCGGGUGAUUAAGACGCAGCAUCCUGCAGUUCCUUUGAGUCACCGAGCUCUCGAUAUCGAUGUGAUUGGUAAAGGCGAGGGUUCUGGUCUCUACGCAGCUGCUCCUACUGAGGCAGGAGUCAUUCUGGGUGUUUGGAAUGUUCGAGAGGAUAACGACAAUGGUCGAGUCGUCGACAAAUUGACUUUUACAGAUGUCAAAUACGCUUUAAACGGAAAGGAUAUGUCAUCACCGUGGCUUAUUGUGGAAAGUGACUUGGAAAAGGGGGGCAUCAGCCGAACUGGACUCCUAUCCUCGUCGGACGCAGUCAUCACCGACAUUGUCCUUGAACGAAUGAAAGCGGCGAGUUUCUGGCUAACUCCCCUCAGGCCUGUAAACAAGGUAGGGGUUGCUGUGCUCGGCUUGACCAAACAUUUCGCCGGUCUAAUGGCGGUGACCGAUGUCCAAAGUAACGACACCCGAGUGACUGCUCAGGUCAACGGAGAAGGUACAUUCGGAUUUGUCGUCGUCUCGUCCCAGCGACCAAUGUACACCAUCCACGUGGAUGACCAAGUACAGGAUGCCACACUCGCCUUAACUCCAAGUUUCCACGGCGUCGAUAAGGUAUGGUUGAUAGAAACCGAAAUACGGGCAAAUGGAACCAGAGGAGACGGAUGGACGGUUGCGAUAGAUAUCUUAGGCUGAUCGUAGCACCAAUAAUGAAUGCAAGAGUAAUACAUCGAUUAUAAACCUUUCC